CAUAUGUGAAAAGGGGCGGGGUUUUGCUCGUGUGACCAAUCAAACAGCAUCAUGUUCAUGGCUCUGCCCUUUCGCAAUAUAGGAAGUUAGGCAUCAACAGCGUAAUUUUCGAAGGGUAUCUUGUCUUGUUAUAUCGACGGUAUAUCGAGAAAACCAGUAUGGCUCGGCGAGUUGCUGUGAUUGGAGGAGGAAGCUCUGGACUGACCUGCAUUAAGUGUUGUUUGGAUGAAGGUCUGGAACCAGUGUGCUUCGAAAGCAGUGAUGACAUUGGAGGUCUCUGGAGGUUUAAGGAGAAUCCUGAGUCCGACAGGGCCAGCAUCUAUCAUUCAGUGAUCAUCAACACCUCAAAGGAAAUGAUGUGUUUCAGCGAUUUCCCCAUUCCUGCCCAUUUCCCGAACUACAUGCACAAUUCUUACAUUAUGGAUUACUUUUACAUGUAUGCUGAUCACUUCCAGCUCAGGCCUUAUAUCCGCUUGCAGACGAAAGUACUUAACGUCAAUCAAAGACCAGAUUUUGCUCAGUCUGGACAGUGGGACAUUGAGACAGAGGACAAGGAUGGGAAGAGAGAGAAACAUGUGUUUGAUGCCGUGCUUGUCUGCACCGGACACCACUGUCACCCUCAUCUUCCUCUGAAAGAUUUCCCAGGUAUAAACACUUUCAAGGGGAAAUACUUCCACAGUCGUGACUACAAGACUCCAGAGGAUUGGCGGAACAAGAGAGCAGUCGUGAUCGGAAUCGGCAAUUCAGGAGGCGACAUUGCUGUGGAGCUCAGCAGGAUGACCAAGCAGGUUUUUCUGAGCACUCGGAGAGGCUCCUGGAUCCUGAAUCGCGUAGGAAUUAAUGGUGUUCCAGGUGAUAUGAUUUUUACCAGGGCAUUUCGAAUGAUCAUGCAUUUUCUGCCCUUUGGGGUCUUAUGCAACAUCGGAGAGAAAAGGCUCAAUAAGAGAUUUGACCAUGAACUGUAUGGGCUGAAGCCAAAACACAGAUUGUUUAGCCAGCACCCCAUGGUAAAUGAUGAUCUGCCAAAUCGACUCAUUUCUGGCACCAUCAAGAUGAAGCCAAAUGUGUGUGAAUUCCGUGGCUCCAGUGUUGUCUUUGAGGAUGGCACCAUUGAGGACAACAUUGACCUGGUGGUGUUUGCCACAGGCUACACUUUCUCUUUCCCCUUCCUGCAAAGCCACGUGAUCUCAGUCGCAGAGAACAAGACACAACUCUAUAAGUACUUGUUCCCUCCACGUCUUGAAAAACCCACCCUGGCUAUCAUUGGCCUCAUCCAACCUUUGGGAGCCAUCAUGCCCAUCUCUGAGAUGCAAGCUCGCUGGGCCACACGUGUCUUCAAAGGGCUUAGUAAGCUUCCAUCAACGAGCAACAUGCUGAAAGACAUUAAAGCUAAGGAAGACUGUAUGGCAAAGAGGUAUGUAACCUCACAGAGACAUACCAUCCAGGUAGAUCACCUCCCCUACAUGGAUGAGCUGGCCACGCAGAUAGGUGUGCGUCCCAACCUCCUAUGGCUGUUCCUGACCGAUCCUAGGUUGUGGCUAAGAGUUCUGUUUGGUCCGGGCACCUCAUACCAGUUUCGGCUGUUCGGUCCGGGUCAGUGGGCUGGGGCUCGUCAAGCCAUUCUCACCCAGUGGGAGCGCGUAGUCCAGCCAUUAAAGACACGCAGUGUCCUUGGGCAGGAGUCAGGUCACUCCCAUCUCCCUCUCCUCCUGUCUGUGUCUGCUGCUGCUCUACUGACUACUGUCUACUUUACUCGAGCCAACAUGUCUAGUUUCCUCCCAGACAUUACGUCUUUCCUAGAGAGACUAAAAUCUCACCUGCCUCUACCAAUGGUGAGGCAGUGAUCACUAAUACAGUGAUUUAUUUCAAAAGACAGGGGUUUAAUCCUGCAAGCAUCAUACAUGCAGAACCCUUUAUAAGUAAGAAAAUUACAUAAGUCAGAUUGACUGUUUUUAACAUUUCCAGUUAAACUUAUCAUGCCUAAAGCCUUAUCAUGAAAUACAUGCUAACUAAUGAUUCUCAUUCUAAAUAUAUAAAUAGACAUAUUCUAUUCAAUAGGGGAUCGGGAGACAAUUAACAGUUACAUAAUACACAUUAUAGUGGUAGUUUAUUGGUAUUGCAUUAAAUGCUGCAGGUGCUAAUUUGUAAUGUUACAAUACCCUUUUAUAAUUUUACAUAAUUUAAAAAAAAAAUAAAAAUGUUAUAUUUGAAUAAUAAUUUCAAUAAAUUAAAUUUAGAUCCUGAUUUUUUUUAUUGAAUUAAUCAUGCAACAUAUUUUUUUUAGAUUACUUGGUUAUGCACAUCAUUAACACUACAUAAACAUAAAAUAGUCAUUUCAUCUUAUGAUGAAAACAUUUUGUACCACUUCUGCCCAUUGGAAAUGCUGAUGUUUUAGGAAAAAGCACAAUAUGGUCCUAUAUAUUUUCACUAAAUGCUUUAUUAUUUGUAUGGCUGUUAUUGUAGUUUUCUUUUGAUGUGCUAAUUAUAUUAAUUGUCUAAAUUCUGAGUGAAAUACACUGUGUACUGCAACAGCUAUUUGUGGUUGAAAUGAUAAUAAAAGCUACUUGACUUGAAUUGA